GCAUUGCACAGAUUGUUUUGUUUUGUUAUGGAGACACAUCGCCGCCGCCAUUGCUAUUAUGAGCAUUAAAAUAUAUUUACCGUUUAAUUACUUUUACCUUAAGAAACCUAUCAAUUUAUAUGGCCAAGUAAUAAUAACAGAGGACAAUGUCGUAGUAUAUCACAUUGUGGAAUCUACAGAUUUGCAGUUAAGUGGCAGAGCCACGGAUCACCUGUCCAGCAAUUUGCGAUUCCUGGGUUCCAUCUUGAACGACGACUUCAAUGCGGAUCAAAAUCAAUAUUUACAGCUCGAUAUGCGGCUCUGCUUUACGUACGUUAGCAGUCAGCCCAAUAUAUCGUUAGUCUAUAUAGGCAUUGCUCCAGAUUAUUUAAAACACAUCAAAAUAAUCCUCUACGAACAACAAACCAUACGAAAUUGGUUCGUCGACUGCGGAGGCGGCGGAGAAGAGUCAUCCAAUAAAUUAGAUGUAGAAUAUAAUGACUGCAAGGAUUGUGAUUUCCUCGAGCUAUUUAAACUAGCCCAGCGACCAGCAGCUGGAGUUCAAAACCCAAAGAACAGUACCAAAAGAAGUGCUCUACGUGCAUUAACCGUUAUGGUAGCCAACUCUCCAAUUGCGAUCUUUAGAUAUAUUGCUGAAAACGUGUUUGUCAACAGCAUAAUAGUGCAUACAACUAUAUAUAAGCACUUUAAAGAAUGGCAGUCAACUUGUGAUAAAAGAUCUCGUCCUAUAAACAUUACCUUGGAUAGAAUACUGGGUCUGAUUUCGAUGAUAAUACUUUUUUCGCUAGCAACACAGCCAGGAGAUUUUCUCAUACAAACAUCUCACGUCGUUAUUGAUCAAUUGUACAGCCUGCUAAAGGUAUUGGAGGGCAGCCCCAUUGGCCUAAAGCUGAAUAUACACUUGAAUAACUUCUUCCUUGACUGCUUUAAGUAUCACAUUGAGUUGUGGUCUACUUUCUUGGAUUUCAUCGAACCGUUGGUGCGACAAGUGUUCUUGGCCAUAGGAGUAUUUGGUUGCCUUGGUUUCACAUUCCAGAUUGCCCUCUUAGCAGACUUAAUCUCCAUAAUUGGGAUACAUUCGCAUUGUUUCUACAUUUAUACAAGAGUGCUCUUCAAUGUUGAAAAGAAGGGCUUGUCAGUUCUAUGGCAAGUGGUCCGAGGAAAUCGCUACAAUAUUUUAAAAGGACGCAUCGAGGCUCAUAAUUAUAUGAAUCGACAGCUAUAUCUUGCCACCAUAUUUUUUUCGACUAUUUUGUUUUUGCUACCCACUACUCUUGUCUACUAUAUUGUUUUUGCUGCUCUUAAGGCACUCACUCUUGCAACGCUCAGCAUAUUCGAGUUUUUUAGACGGAAAAUGUUGUCCCUUCCCAUUGAGGGUUGCAUUAAGUGGUUGAUAAAAGGAUGCAACGAAAUAGAUAGUCUUAAAAUCAUGGAUGUGGUCUUAGAGGAAAACGCUUUUCUAAUGCAUAAAAAUUAUCGAAUCGACGUAUCAGUAUAUAAGAUUCAAACCUAACAAAGCCAUCAGAUGUAUAAAUUAUACAUGAAAAUAUACUCAAAAGAUUGCAUUA